CAGCACUGUUAAAGACAGAACUGCAAAUAGCAAAUGGCAAAUGUUAAGUUUUCGGCUACCGUAAAUAAACAGUGAAAGUGCAAUUAAGAACUAAAUGAGCGACAAUUAGCGAAUCAGUUCGUACGACGUUCAGCAAUUCGUUUGAUCGAACUUAUUCCGAGCAAUUCGAUACAAUUCUAGUUAGCAAUUUAGUUGAACGCAACGGCAGUGCCGCAACGAGAGAGAGAGAGAAUGAAGAGUUUGGAAGAAGUUAAGUUAGAAUAUCCGCUGCAUUGGCAGAUCUGGAAUGGCAACGCUGAGGAGCUGCAACAGCAGUUGCAGACCGAACAGAUUGAUAAGGAAAAAAUCGAUCCGCGCGGCCGCACACCAUUGAUGUUGGCUGUCCGUCUGGCGAAUCUGCAAUGUGUUAAGUGCCUUUUAGCAGCUAAAUGCAAUGCAACUUAUGAGCAUGCAGGCUGGUCAAUUGUCCAGGAGGCCGUUUGUACGGGUGACGUGGACAUAUUGACAGCGAUUAUCGAAGUACGCGACUUACAGCGUCAUGUGCAGCGAGUGACGCAUGUUCCGAAGCUGUUGCAGCAUCUACUGGAUGCGCCCGACUUUUACAUAGAAAUGAAGUGGGAGUUUACGUCGUGGGUGCCGCUGAUGUCUCGCCUCUGUCCAAGCGACACCUAUAAGGUGUACAAACGGGGCGCUAACGUGCGCAUCGACACAACCCUCUUGGGCUUCGACAACAACACCUGGCAACGUGGCAAUCGAUCCUACAUAUUCAAAGGCGGCAAGGAAACGGCAACGAUGAUCGAAAUCGAUCAUGACACCCACGAGGUGAUGGUGGAGCAGAUGAGCAGCGAUAUCGGUGACAUUGUGGCCAUUCCACCACCAAUUGGCACCGUUCGUGCUCGCCUUGCGGCUCCCGUCAUCACCAACAACAUCGAAAUGGAAAAGAUCAGUUUCGAGCGGAACAAAUCAGGCAUUUGGGGCUGGCGUAGCGAAAAGUCGGAGGUUAUCAAUGGCUAUAAUUGCAAAGUGUAUGGCGCCAGCAACGUGGAGUUUGUCACAAAGACGCGAAUGGAUCAUCUCAGCGAAGAGCAAAUCAAGGUAACAAUGAAAGAAAAUAAAACGGCGCGCACGCCACUUCACAGCUUAUUGGGCAUUGCCGAUGAAGAUUACGUGCCUCCAACGGAUGUGCCAGCUGCAAUCAAAGAUCGCACAUCAGAGGCAGCUCCCUUGAUCGCCCCCAGUGUGAAUGGUGAUCGUGCCUCACCCACAGUUACAGCUCAUGCUGAGAGCAAUGGUAGUUCCGCAUGCUGUUCGGGUGCAAGCACACCCCACUCACUACAGGUCACGCCCGAGGAAUACUUUAGUGCCGAGGUUGAUCUGCAGGGUCGCGAUGUAGGCAAACCAAAAAACUUAAGCACAAAGGUGCAACGCUUCAAGGCCAAUCUCUGGCUGGCCGAAGAGCAUCCCAUCCGUCUCCAGGAACAAGUGCUUCCCAUAUUGGAUCUCAUGUCCACAAUGGCCAGUCCGCAUGUGUCCAAAUUGAAAGACUUUAUAACAAUGCAACUGCCUUCUGGUUUUCCGGUCAAGGUAGAGAUACCGCUCUUCCAUGUCCUCAAUGCCUGCAUUACGUUUGGCAAUGUGUUCGCUAUGACCACGCCGGUGGAGUACGUGGCCACGCUACAGGAGGAGGAUCGCACCACCUGCCUGGUGGACGAUCGCUGCUUUGACAUACCUAGUAAUUAUGUCAAUCGUGACGGUGACUCGCGCCGUCAAAUACCCCUUGAUGAGGAUGACAUGCUGCAGUAUGCCAUCGAGCAGAGCUUGGCCGAGACGAGCGGCGCCGGCGGCGCCUGUGGCCUGGACAAUGAUACCGACAAGGUGGACAUCUGGGAGGUGCUACGCGGUCAGAACGCUGUCGGCACCGAGCUGCUGCCCGAGGACGACGAGCAGCUGCAGCGCGUGCUGCACGAAUCGCUGAUGGGCGCACGGGGCAAUGCGAGCGGUUCGCCCGUCUCCGAGGACGACGAUGAUGGUGGCUUCCGUUAUAUGGACUCCGAUUUGGCCAUGGCCAUGCGUCUCUCCCAGCAGGAUCAGCAGAAAUACGAGCUGGAGCGGCAGCGCGAACAGGAGAUGAUCGAGCAGGCGCUAAAGCUUAGCCUGCAGGACAACUAGCCAUCGAACCAAUUAGUUAACCAAAUCUAACCAAAAUCAAACAAUCAAUCAAUCAGCAGUUACAAGUCUGUCGUCAAUCAAAUGAGAGGGAAAGUCAUUUUUGUCGAUACCAAAAUUGGAAUAGUUUAUAUGUAAUUCUAGUAUGUAAAAAUUAUGCCUAUGUUGUAAAGUCUAAAAUGUAACCUUACCUUAUUUUGUUGCGCUGUAGUUUUUGUUGGUUUUGCUCUCCUUAUUUGUAUUGUGAUAUAUAACUAAACUAAACACAAAAAGAAAACGAAAACCUUCAAAAAAAAAAACAACAGAAAUAAUUUCCCUCAUAAACGCUUUAAAGGUCUCAACUCGGAAACUCGCGCGUUUUAACGGCAUCUCCAUUAUAUACACACGCGUAUAUCACAUUAUAUACCUAUUAAUUAAUGUAAUAGCUCUUGCUAAAUAUACAUAUAUAUAUAUAUAAAUUAAGAACAGAGAAGGUUUAAUUAAUCUAAUCACUAAUCACUAAUCUUUUGUUGAACUUCGGUUGCCA